AAAAAAUGAAUUAAAAAAAUAUAAAAUUUUCUUUUGUUUUAAAUAACGUGGCAAAUAUGGUGGGAUGGAGAAAGUAAAAAGUAAGGAGAUAUAAAGUGAAGAAAUUAGCGAGUGACAGAUGAUUCCAAGAUGACCAAUUGGUUCAUCAUCAAAAUCCUCUUCACAAUAUUCUUCCUCACACCAACAACACAAAUUUCGGCAUCAAACCCACCGCCGAUCCAACGGCAAGUAACAGCAACGCCUCCGCCGCUGCCCGUUCUCCCCCUCCCCACUUUCUCUCAGCUCAAAUGGCAGCGCCGGGAGAUCAUCAUGUUCUUUCACUUCGGCGUCAACACAUUCACCGACCGGGAAUGGGGAACCGGCCAAGAGAGCCCGGCGAUCUUCGACCCGGCCUCCCUAGACGCCGGCCAGUGGAUGGAGACGGCGGUCCAGGCCGGAGUCUCCCUCGCCAUCCUCACCGCGAAGCACCACGACGGCUUCUGCCUCUGGCCGUCGAAAUACACCGACCACUCCGUUGCGGGAAGCCCGUGGAGGAACGGCGAGGGAGACGUCAUUCGGGAGUUUGUGGACGCCGCCAAGGCCCGCGGCGUGGAUGUGGGCUUGUACCUUUCCCCUUGGGAUCGCCAUGAUCGUAGAUAUGGUCGCACCAAGGAGUAUAAUGAGUACUACUUGGCUCAAUUGCAAGAACUUCUCAACAAUUAUGGAGGUGUUAGAGAAAUAUGGUUUGAUGGAGCAAAAGGUCCAAAUGCACCAAACAUGACAUAUUACUUCAAUGAUUGGUUUGAAAUGGUGGACGAGUUGCAGGGCAGCAUUAACAUAUUCUCCGACGCCGGCCCCGGCAUAAGAUGGGUUGGGAAUGAGAAAGGCUUCGCCGGAGACACUUGCUGGUCCACCAUCAACCGCACCUCCCUUUCCAUUGGCGACCCCACCACUCUCGAUUACCUGAGAACCGGAGACUCGAGGGGAACAGACUGGCUGCCGCCGGAAUGUGACGUGUCGAUCCGGCCGGGGUGGUUCUGGCAUAAAUCAGAAACCCCGAAGACGGUCGGAGAGCUUCUGGAGGUUUACUACAACUCCGUUGGCCGGAAUUGCCUGAUGCUGCUGAACGUGCCGCCCAACACAGAGGGACUAAUAUCCGACGCCGAUGUCGUGCGACUGAAAGAGUUCAGAAGGGCAAUUCAGACCAUAUUCUCAAAAAAUCUGGCCGGAGGGUGCUCGGUGGAGGCAAGCAGCCAGAGGGGAGGGGUGAGUGGUGGGUUUGGGCCUGAAAACGUGGUGGGCGGGGACGACGACAUAUGGACUUAUUGGGCUCCGGCGGACGAGUACACGGGCCACCAUUGGAUCAAGCUCGUCAGCCCGAAGAGGUUGAGAUUCAAUGUGGUAAGGAUUCAAGAAGCGAUUGGGUUGGGGCAGAGAGUGAGGCGUCACGAGGUUUACGUGGAUGGAGUGAGAGUUGCGAAUGGAACCACGGUGGGGUACAAGAGGUUACACCGGCUCGAGAAGGGGGUUGUGGAAGGGCGCGUCGUGACGCUCAGAAUAGUCGGGUCACGGGCAACGCCUUUGAUCUCCUCCUUCGCCCUCCAUUUUGAUCCCUUUUGGCACCCUAAUAAACAACACCAAGACAAAAUAGUACUCAUGUGAACAUUUGCAUUCAAGUCAUUGGACAAAUGUUGGAGGGAUGGAUGGAUGUAGUAUUUGCCUAUUUGAGUUUCAAACGUGUACUGCAAAAGUAAAAAUAAAAAUAUGGUUUCAGA